AGCAAGUGAGCAUAGGUGAAGGUGAAAAUUGAUGGACAAUGAGGGAUCUCCCACGUAAGCACCAAGGAGAGAGGAAGUGUUGUCUUUGAAAGAUAAAGAGAGUGCAUUUAAGUGGGUCCCACACCGAACCCUUUAAAACUCUUCCGCCCUAAGCGCCAAAAACAACCCCCUCUUCCCCUCUCCUCUUUCUGUCUCUCCACCCUCCACCUUCCGUACGCUCAUGCUCACUCCAACAUCUCCUCCCAAAUUCAACCUUUGAGGUAUGGAAAGUCAUGGUCAGACACACGACGACUUUGCGAGCUCUAUUUCUCCACCUCAAUUGCAGAAAGAUAAUGAUGUAGAAUUUUUACCAGCAGAUUAUGGUGGUACUGAUAGUUCUAUUCCCUUCCCCUCUGCGCCACUCCAUUUUUCCCCAUUGCCUACAGGGAAUGUGUAUGGGAACCAACAAAUUUUUCCCAGUCCGGCUGUACAUGAUUUGGAUAUGGGGACAUACAUGGAUGAACAUAAUAUAUCUAUUCUGAAUAUUCCUGCUGAACAGGAUGUGACUGUUACUAAUGACGUUUCUAUUCAAGACCAUGAGAUUUUCAUUUUCCCUAGUGCAAGGGCGGAUAGGACGAUUUCUGAAUAUCAAAUUCCCAAUAACAUGAUGUCUGCCUAUCAUGGCAUGAACAGGGUACCUCAUUUUGACAAUAAUCUUGGUGCAAUGGACAGAAAUUCCAGUAUUGCAAGUACUUGUGGGGUUGGAAACAUCGACAUGAGUGUAAUGGACUUUAUGAUACAAAAUAAUAGCAGACAGCCAGCAGAGAUUAAUAGAACUUUUACUAACUUCAGUGUUGGUGCAGCUAACGUCGAUCAAAGUAUUGCUCCAAGGGUGUAUGAAAACCAGGUUAGAGUUGAUUCAUCUCAACCUAGCAGUUCGGACAAACUUGAUGGAGAAUUUCUGUCACUUGGAUAUCAUAAUGAGGUUGCUCCUAAUUUGAACACCAAUUCUUAUCGCGGGAACAACCAUAUGAGUGAGACCUCUUUUUCUCCCCAAGGUCAAGUAGCUAAUGGUUCUUUUAACAAUGUAAGGGGAAGCGUAUCUGGGAUUCAGAACAAUGUAGGUGGUCUAAUGACUCCUUGGGAUUGUAUGAGUAACCUAACCUUGUCUGCUGAUGAUUAUGCUUUGCGAGCCAUGACUUCUGGGCAUGAUAUGAGUCCAAUCUCCAACCUACGUGGAGGAGAGGCGAACAUGCAUCAUUAUAUACCCACCCCAAGUAGCAAAACCUUGGAAUCUAGUAUUGAGACUAACUCAAGAGUAUCUUUGAGUAAUCCUUCUGAUUGUUCUGGAGCUGAACCACACAUGCUUUCCAAUAUCUCUGACAAUAAUGAAGGAUUGAGGGAGUACAUGAGAAGAACGGUGCAGAGAGUUCCAUUCGACUCUUCUGUCCUAAGGAGUAAUCACCAAAAUGCUGCUCAGCGGAUGCAGAAUUCACAUAGAAGCCCCAACUUCACGUCACCCCUUUCUGGAAUGAUUUCUAGAGAAUCUGACCGUCAAGACAAGUCAGGUCAAGCAGGUGACAGGACACUGCAAAGUGAGCAUCCUUGUGCAUCUACACCUAUGAGUAGAGAAUCUCUCAAAAGAAACUUAGAUUUGCCUCCCCGAACCUCAAUACAGGAUCAGCGUAGAAAGAUAAUGCCUCAAACUUCUGCGCUACAAUUUUCACCAGAUCUACUGCAGAAUGCCCUGGUGCAAGUUGCUACAGGCCCUAUGCCAACCUCUUCUAUCUCUGCAAAUUCCUCUAGUUCUACAAUCAAGGAUUUUUCUGCAAGUGCUUGGACCAGGAAUACAACAUAUUGUCCACCUGCAUCUGAUACUUUUGGAGCCUCUAACACAGCAAGGGCCACGCAGCAUUCUUCACCUCCCUCAGCUGCUUUUGUUUCACCAACUCAAAUCCCAACUGCUUGUAGUGCUUCCCCCAGUUCUACAAUGAUAUCCCCAGCUCCUUUUGCAAACACUUCCACCAUCCCUGUGAUUGCAGCUGAAAGUCCUGCUUUUGCAUCUCCGCCUAUAGAUGCGCCUCCAACUGCUUUGGCAAGGACGGUAGCAACCCGGUCUGGUUCAGCAAGAAUUCCAAAGCCUGCAAAUAAAUCCAAGAGAUCUGCAGCAACAGCCUUUCCUCCUUCACCACAUAACCCAGCAUCUGCAAGUGCUCCGCGGAAGACUCGUUUGCUUAAUACCAGCUCAAAUAAUCAUCAAGCUCUUAGGGAUUUGAGAAAGUCUGCGUUAGCUGCUUUAGCAAAGGCAGCUCCAGCUUUCAGAGCAUCACAAGCUUCUAGUGCAAUGGCUCGUAUAAAGUUUCAAGGUUUUGAUAUACCUCCAACAACUGGAUUCAAUUGCAUGCUAUGCAAAAGAGACUUAUCAUUUGCACCUGAAGGUCCCUUCGUACAACCUCCCAUUCCACCAGCUGUAGCUGUUCUACCUUGUAGCCACACCUUCCAUGACCAUUGUCUGCAGCUCAUUACUCCAGUAGAUCGGGAAGAUCCUCCUUGCAUCCCUUGUGCCAUGGGGGAGAAAUGAGCAUCUUCCAAGUACAAUUCAAUCCUUCGACUUUUACUCGUAAUUGAGGCAGAUGAGAUUUUGUACUCGGGGUGUAUUUUGAUGUAGUCCAAAGUGAAGGCAUAUAAUAGAAUUUUUUGGUGCGUAUAUAGCUGAAAUAGUGAUUAUGCCGUCCUUUUUGGGGUCGUUAUUUAGACAAGUAGAAGAAAUGUACAUGGUUUAGAAGGAAAAGGGAAAUUAUUAACAUUGCAGUGUAGAUAUAAGUGACCACAAGUAAUCAUGCAACUGCUUGAGAAUGCACAUCUGAAACUGACAAUUAACUGAGUUAUGGUUUUGCUGAUCUUA